CAGAGCGGAGAGAGACACAGAGACAGAGAGAGAGAUAGACACAGAGACAGGCCAGAGAGAGAGAGAGAGGAUAAUGGCUGACAUCCCUCAAUCAUUUUUGGGAUUGCUUGUGACCGUUUUGUACCUGCUAACAGGUGUCAGUGGAGAAACUCUCUCUAUGUUCUCCAGAGUGGGAGAUGAUGUCAGUCUGCCGUGUAACAAUGUGGUUCAUCCAGACUGCUCCUCUACUACAUGGAUCUAUUACAGAGAUGGAUCUACUGGUACUAUUGAAGCAGUCACAUUGGGGAAGAUCAAAGUUGACCAGACAGAGAGAGCAGAGAGACUGAGUUUAGGGUCUAACUGUUCUCUACAUGUUAGUGAUGUCAGAGCUGAGGAUGUUGGAUUCUACACCUGUCAACAAUACCUUACAGAGACUGGACCAAAACAUGGAGGUGAUGCUCCUGUUCAUCUGUCUGUUCUAACUAGUGAGUAUUACUGUUUAAAUCAGAGUUCUGGAUUUAGUCUCAGCUGGGUCCCUAAAACAGGUACUAAAGCCCAGGACGCACAGGAUUCUUCCUGUGACGUCACUCUGACUGUGACACUCCAGAAGGAGGACAACAACAGGAAGUGGACGUGCACACUGACUGAAAAGGGAAACGUGAAGAUCUCCAUUGACUUCACCUCCACAUUCUCAGAUAUUGAAGAAAAGACCACCGAUAGCGAUGAUGUCAUCUCUACUCUCCCAGGAAGUACAGCCUCUACUACAAGACCAGCCAUGUCAACCACCUCCCCAUCUUCUGUUG